AUGGAAAAAUUGUUUUUAUUAGCCGAAGUGGCCGCUAAAAUGCCAGAAGCCAAAUUAGCCGCCAAAAAUGCGGAUAAAUUUGACAGUCGAGAGAAGUUCAAGAUCAAAGUUCAAAUUCGAGUUCAAGUCCAGCAAAUAUCAAAGUUCAUAUGGGGACCCACAUCGCUGGGAGGCCGUACAGUUCGGAAAUGCAGCAUAAGCUUCUCUCGUCCGUCAACAUUGGAGGAUCAUAGGAAUUACUAUGAUCCUUCAAUGCUCAUACCGGUAAGAAUACCGAAAACUCAUGUGGAUGAAGAGCUUCUCUCAAUUAACGCUUUAAAAAAUCAUGAGAGAACGCACAUCGGUGAGAAGCCGUACAGUUGUCGGAAAUGCAACGAAAGCUUCUCUCGUUUAUCAUCUUUGAAAAAUCAUAUGAAAACUUAUAUCGAUGAGAAGCUGCACAGUUGUCGGGAAUGCAAUGAAAGUUUCAGACUAAAACAAUGUCUGAAAGACCAUAUGGUAACAUACGACAAAAAUAGGCUGAUCUUCAACCUCACUGUCUGCGGUAUGGGUUUCCUGACUACACGUUAUUUUAAAUUACCUAAGAAGAAUCAUGAAAAAAGCUGA